AUGAAGCACCAAGUCAUCCAAAAGCUUCAAACCGCCAUCCGCCAUCGCAGCACCCGCUGGAAAUCCUCCAAAGUACCAGAAUCAGCAGCAGCAGCAAACAACAGCCUCAUUCGUCUCCCUCCUCACAUCUUGAAGCUCAUACUGGGGCUCCUACCUCUUCCAUCCCAAGCAUGUCUGAUCUUAACAUGCCAUGAGCUUUAUCAACUCCACAAGCCCAUUAUCCAAGAUCCCCGACUUCGACUUCCUCAACGAUCAGCUAGCGAUAAUUCUACUGCUACCAUCAGUCGCAACCAACAAUCGAUAGUAGCCCCCCGCACUAUCCUUCUCGGCCAAAUCCAGAACCACAAGUGGGCGUUCUGCGAGACAUGCUUGAAACUCCACUUUCGGACCAAGAUGAAGAAGGAUGGCCAUGCUGGUCAUCUCUGCGCCACAAAACCCGAGGUCGUCAAGACCUACCCUCCUAGCCGAGACAAGUUCCGUCUAAUCCAAGAGGCCCUCAGACACAAGAAGAACAAAGCCAAAUACCAUCGUCGUCGUCUCGAUAAUUCAACCCAGCAGCAGGCUAAGAAUAAAGACCGGGUACAUUUGAGAAUUGGGCUGUACACUCGAGAACCUUCGAGGCCGCCGCACUCGAGGCCUCGUCGCAGAUCCACUUGGGAUUUCGCUUGGAUGGGGUUAGUGAAUCCCGCCUUCAUGCUAUGGCAAUGA